CUCAUUGUCGCCCCGUGCCCGCGAGCUCUAGUCGCAACGGCCCACGCCAUUAUCAAUCUGUAAAGUUGCAUCGUAUUAUCGCUGUCUGUCGGAAGCUAUCACGGAAGUUUCCGCAUCAGAACCAAGCAUGCCGCUACCAAAUCCCGGGGAUAUGUCGGCAGGGCCGGUACGGAUACUGGUGCAAACAGUAACACAUCUUGUGCCCGGAAACGAUUAUGCGGAACGAAUCGAGUAUAUGCAAAACCUUAUUUGUCAGCAUCACUGGAAGCGCGACUUCGAUUGGGACCAGGAUCGCUGGAACGUGUACGGUAGUAACCAAUUUGCGUUGCGGAACCGCAACUGCUACUUUCUCAUCGAUCAUGGCCAUAGCGAGGGAGAUCCUCCAGUUCUGUGGUACAAGUGGACGGGAGAAUCACUCAUUGCUAUGGAACAAGCCCUGCCCGAGCAAAUAAAGAAAAAAUUGGAACGUUAUCCAUUCUCGAUGCGACCAGUUCAACGCCGGGAAAGCGAAAGGCCUGCAGGGUUUGAUACAAAAACCCAUCGCCAGAUUAUUCUGACGAAACUCCGUUCCGAUAUGACCAUCACAGAUGACGAUGUUCAGUUCUUACAGGCGCAACCAGAGGCCGCAAGAUGGCUCGAGGAUAAUGCCGAGCCUCAACUUUGGAUGAAGAUUCAGUCCCUAUUGGAGUCAACUCAAGACGGUAGCAACAUAUGCGCCGAUCCGGCAGAUACGUUGAAGUCAUGAAGUCGGGGUGGAAGUCCACGACAGGCCAGCGGACGUCUGUCCCGAAAUCUUACACUUGGGGGUGGGAAUGCAGAUUUAAAGACGACGUUCCUCCUGUCAGAGAGAAAUGAAACCAAUGGCACUGUACACAAAACCAAGAGAUCGCAAAUGCUUUGAUUUCAUAAGCAUGCGAGCGAACGUGAUAUGUAUUGUUGGCUCGCUAGAAUUGAAAGAGCAACUUCCCUAUUA